UAUCUCAAGGAAGAGGUUUUACUUUGCUUGUUCCAUCAGUUCAGGAGUAGAAGAUGUAUGUGUGUGAAGGUGCACUUUUGUGUCUCAUUGUGCUGUCUUUGCCUCUCACUGCACCGCAUGUUGUGCACAGAUUCAGUGAUGUUCCAGAAUGUGAGCAGUUUUUUUUGGAUAAAACACCACCAGAGAUAUCCGGCAUUCUGGCAGGAGGAAAUGUUCAAGAUCAGAAUCGUUAUAAAGUAAUAUGCCAAUUUUUCAAUAACACGUACAGGUUUGCUACGCUCUACGAUACAAGCAACAGGAUCCCCGUGUUUUCUGCCUAUAAAUUCAUUGGGAAAAAGGAAAACACUAGAAGAAACGACGUGGAACAAUGGUAUAUUGAGCCACAGCUUGAAGAGCCAGAGAAAGAAAUGAUGCUAGCAAACCAAAGAAAGUAUGAAAAACAAGCUACUUUAGGGGAUUACAAUAAUUCAAUUAAUACAAGUAAUGUCAACAAGGGACACCUCUUCCCAAAGCAACAUGCCAGUGAUCAAAACACAGCAAAUUCCACUUUCACUCUUACCAACAUUGUCCCUCAGAAUAAAGACUUCAAUAAAGGUGCAUGGAACCGAAUGGAGGGUAAUGUUAUAGCUUUAAUGAACAAGCACUGCAACGGUACAAAUGGAAACAUAGAGGCUUAUGUGGUGACUGGAGCUGUUCCUGGCAAUCAGACACUGGCGAGCAGAGUGAACAUCCCCAAGCUGAUGUGGACGGCUUUCUGCUGUAAGACAAAUGAUGGGCAAUGGAUGUCAAAGGCACACUGGGGAGAAAAUGUGAAUACAACCGGUACAAUGGAGACAAAGACUGUUACAGAGUUGCAAGAGAAGCUGAACGAAGUUUACGAAGCUGUGAAGAUAUUUCCACAGCAAGGUGAAGCUCCGCUCAGGUCCAGCACAUUGGUUAUGUAUGAAGGCUCAGCUGAAUAAAUGUUAGCGUAUUUCUAGGAGUUCUGG